AUGGGAGAUUUAAUAAGAUCACAACCUGUCUCUUAUGGACAAUUAAUUGUUCCUGUAAAUGUUGCAGAAGAAACAAUUGAACUUAUUGGAGAAUUAGGAAUAGUUCAAUUUGUUGAUUUAAAUGAAAGAGAAUUAACAUUUAAUAGAAGAUUUUGUAAUGAACUUAAAAGAUGUGAUGAGCUUGAAAGAAAAAUACGAUAUUUUAAUGAAAUGAUAACAAAAGAAGAAGAACGUAAAGAUAUGAAUGGAUUAAAAUUUAGAAGAAAUGGAGAAUUUCAAAGUUUUGAAAAAGAAUCUACUGAAAAUCUUGAAUUAAAGUUAGAUAGUGUAGAAAAAGAUUUAAAACAAACAAUUAGUGAUUGUACUGCAACAGAAAAUGAUUUAGAAAAAAUUGAAGAAGGAUUAUUAGUAUCAUCAAAUAUUGAUACAUUAUUUGAAAAUAUGGAUGAUGUUGUUAUUGGAGGAUUAAAAUUUGUUAUUGGAGUUAUUGAAAAAAGUAAAUAUGAUUCUGUUCAACGAUUAAUUUGGAGAGUUUCACGAGGACUUGUAUUAAUUAAGUCAAUGGACCUUACUGAAGGAUCAACAUUAAGAAAUUUCUUAGUUGUUUAUCAAGGAGAUGAUCUUGGACUUAAAAUCAAUAAAAUUUGUCAAACAUCAGGUGUUAGAGUUUAUACUAAUAUUCCAGUUGAUCCACAACAAAGAAGAGAAUUUGUUGAUGAAGCAUUGAGUAAUAAACAACAAUUAACAGGAAUUUUUGAAGGAAGUACUAAAGAAAAAAGAGAAUUAUUAAAAACUAUUGCAUUACAAAUUGAAGGAUGGAAAGAUGUUAUUGAUAGAGAAAGAAUGAUUUUCUUUACAUUAAAUAUGUUUAAAGUUGAUAGAGGAACAACAUUAAGAGGAGAAUGUUGGUUCCCAUCAGAAUAUUUAGAUACUAUUGUUACUAAGUUAAGUGAACUUGAUCAAAAUUCAAUGUCACCUAUCUUUUCACCAAUUCAAGCCCCACCAAAAGCAAUAAUUCCUACAUAUAAUAAAACUAAUUCAUUUACACAAACAUUCCAAGAUCUUACAGAUUCAUAUGGUACACCAAGAUAUGGAGAAAUUAAUACAGCAUGGUUAAAUAUUGUUACAUUUCCAUUUUUAUUUGGAAUAAUGUUUUCUGAUGCAGGACAUGAUGGUUAUUACUUGAAAUGGGACUUAUGGCAAUGUAUUGUGGUAUUGUAUUUAAUGAAUUUUUUGGAUUUUCAAUAG